AUGUGCUUCCCCGCCAGCGAGGUCAAAGAGGAGAUCAAGAAGGCGGCCGAAAAAGCCAAGGUCGGCGUCCCCCUGGCCUCCGCCGAGCGGGCGCUCCUGCCGCCGAUGAGCCCUAUCAACAUGAUGAGGGCGCAGAUGUGCUGGACCCGCGACCACGUCUGGGAGCACCAGGCGUGCCUGGAGUUCCUCCUGCUGCGGUGCGUGAAGGAGUCCACCAGGGUGGGCAUCUGCGUCAAGUUCUUCAACGGGGCGCAGGAGGAGUGCACCCUCCGGAAGGACAACCUGGUCGUGGAGGAGUUCUGCGAACAAGCAGAAAAGAAAGGCGUAGUGACCAACGUGGUGGGGGACCUGGACGACUUUGGUGCAGGAAUCGUCCCUGCCACCAUCCCGGAGGACUUCGAGAUCGACCCCCCGACGGACUCCGAGGAUGCCGGGGCGGAAGUCUCCGGCGGUCUACCAGAGUUUGCUGGGGAGAGCAAAAGGCACGAGGUGAACCCCGCGGUGGCCUCGGCGGAGGGCCAUGCCGGCCUCCUGCAGCGCGCCGCCGCGCGCGGGGGCACCCGCAGGAGCCCCCUCGGCCUGGCCCUGCCGCUGCCACCGGCCCCGCUAGCGCUGGAUCAGGAAGCGAAGGCAGCUGCGACGCGCCAGCCAUGCCAUUUGGCGAAGAGGGGGUCUGACUGGGACCUCGAGGACCCAAGCGUUGAGGAGCUGAUCAAAGAGCACGGCGUCCAAGCCACCGACCGCGAGAAGGCCGACCGAUUGCUGGCAGCCCUUGGAGGGGGCAGCCAAGAGGGCGAGGCGCUGGCGACGUUGCAGGCGCCUUGUCCGCACUGGAAAGAGUCUCCGGGGAAUUUCGGGAGCUGGUGGCGCAUGCUGCCGGCGCGGCGCAUCAUGGCGAAGGGGGCGUCGGCGCGGCCGCGCCAGCCGCGAGCCCUCUGCGCGUCGGGGCACCUCUACCCUGUCAUCGGCACGGACCCCCUGGAGCGGGACGCGGUCCAAUUGCCCCCGCGGUUCCUGGAGCCCCGCACAGGCGCGCCCUGCGCGGUGCUGUCGCGCGAAGGCCGGGCAGCCAGGCCCCGGGCCAACGACGUCCACCUGGACGACGCCGCUGUGGGUCAACGAGGUAAGAAGGGGGGCAGCGCCCACAUGCCUGGCCUGCAGUCAGGCCAGAAGGAAUUUCAGAUAGAGGCGGGCGUGGAUGCCACCCUAGGGCGCGGUGCGGACCCGAAGCAGGGACGGCUGCGCGACAUCAAGCUUUCGGACGGGUGGACGCCCUACGCCGGCAGGGUCACCAGCCGCGCGGCGUUCGGUGUCUUUGUGGACUUCGGGUGCGAGCGGCCCGGGUUGCUGCCCGCCCGGGGCGGCCAGCGCGGCGGCAGCCCAGGCGCACUGGAGGGCCUCCAGCCCGGCGACGAGGUCACUGUCUACGUGGCCUCGCGGCAGAGGGACACCGGGAAGAUCAACCUGUCCCUGGAGCGCCGGCAAUUGCCGCGGCUCCGCUGGGACAGCGUCGUGGCGGACGGCCGCACGCCCUACUGCGGCACCGUCGCCAACGUCACGCCAUUCGGCGCCUUCGUCGACCUCGGCACGGAGCUGCAGGGCCUGAUGCCGCUGAAGACGCUGGAGUCGGCCCAGCUUCCUGUACCCGCCUCGGGGGACGAGGUCACGGUCUACGUCUACGAGAAGCGGCGGGGCUCUGGCAAGCUCAUACCGGGCGCUCCUUUCUUCAUCUAUAGGUCACAAGGAGGCGGUGGAAGGACUUCAAGGCCGACGGGCAGACUCCGUACCCGGGCGUCGUGCUGUUCGUAG